AGCUUGAUCCGAACCCUUUGCUUUUCGCGCGAUGAAAUCGCGAGUGUUGCUGCUCGCUGCUUUUGUCUCCUGGUGCACUGCCCAGGUGCCGCCGAAAGCCGCAAAGGCCACGGUGGCCGCGAAUGGCGGCCUCACUUUGGUCCAGAAGCGAAACGUCCUCGGAAAGAUGGAGCCCAGUCUGUUACAAGGACAGUCCAUCAGUUCCGGGGAGGCGGUGAGGCUGAGAACCUUGGGCGGCAAGUACCUGCGCUGCGAUGGCAAUCAGGUGCGGAUCGCCCGGAAGGGCUCCAAUUUCCACCUCAAGGGCUCCGGCACUUUCUUGCAGUCCGGUGACGAGGUGGAGCUGGCCUGUGCAGGCCGUCGCGUAGCGUUCCUUCAAGAGAAGGUGGUGGCACACCUGGCAGAGGGCGGCGCUGACAGGCCCUUCAUUGUGCAGAGGCAGGAUGGUGACGGGUUGGUACGGGACCAGGAUGCGAUCUUCUUGCUUGACCACCAGGGCUUGGCUCUCCAGCCCGUGGGCGCCACUUUGCAGCCCAGGAUGGUGGACGCAUCUGGUGAGGUGUUCCUGGUUGAGAGGAUGGAUGCGCCAUCGAAUCGUUGGGUGGUGGUCCCAGACCCCGACCAUUACUGCGACCCAACUUUGGAGUGCCAUCGGAAGCUCAACGUCAGCUGCAGUAGCCCAAACGGCACCCAGCUCAGCUUGUCCCAAUGCGACCACGCCAGCCGGCCUUGGAGCUACGAGCCGUGCUUCCGCUCGCCAGCGGGCUCCUGCAUCGAUGUGGCCUUGUCCGACUGCGUGGAUAUCUCAGGGUCGUGGUGGAAUGCUGACAACAAGACCUGCAGCGACUAUAGCAACAAGGAUUGCGCUCAAGAUGAGCUUGUGCAGCGAGCGUGUGGCCAAACAUGUGGGCGGGGCAAGUGCAAUCCACGAAAGACGCCGCCCGUCAAGGGCUCUGGCUGCAAGGAUGACCCGCUCUACAGGAGUGCCUUCAACUGGCACUGCGCCUGGUUUGUCACGCGCAACUGCAGUGAGUACAUCUUCAAGGAAGAGCUUCUGCAGGCCUGCCCCAAGUCCUGCAAGGUCUGCUGAGGUGCAAAGUUGCCGAAUGUUUGAAUGUUACGGCUGACCAGGGCUUGGGGAUUGCAAUGGCAAGCGGCUCUUGACGCUGUGACCUUCCCGAACCUAUGUAGAAGAGGGUGCGGAGAAAUUUGUAGCCGCUAAGCCCUUAGCCCUCCGGUGCUUUUAGGUCCGGAUGCAUGGAGGGGAGCUGAAUGUGGAUGCCAGAAGCGGU